UUGCGUAUUGGCUCCCAUUCUUCACCCCGCCCUGUGAGUCACCAAGAGUACAAAAGUCAGGACGGCCCACCUUCCCAAGAGUAGAGACGGAGACAGAGACAGAGACAGACAGAGACAGAGAGAUUGAGCCUCCGGUCACCCUACAGGCGGUAGGGACGAUCCAGUGCCCCACGAAAGACACUGCCGAUUCCUUAUGGCGCUGCGGGCUGUAACCCCGCGGCGGCCGGGACAGCCAGAGCUCCCUGACCGCGCCGGGGAGCAGGGACACAGCGCAUCCGCCGCCUUGAGCGCCCGGGUGGGGCGCGCCCCCGGCUCCAGGCUUCGCCUCCGGGGCCCCAGGCUUCGCCUCCGGGGCCCCAGGGCUCUCAUCUUCGUCGUCUUGGGUAUCGUGUUGUCGGCUGCAGCUGCCUCAGCCAUGCCCACAGGGCAGGACAGAGUUCACCAACAAUUAGCUGCCCCACAGGGAUGGAGGCGCAGCUUCUGGGAGUUGUGUCCACCAGGAUACCAUGUAUCAGCAGAUGGAAACAGUUGUACACCCUGUGCAAAUGGAGUGGAGUUUACCACUCACUGGAAUGUGCUCCCUUCCUGCUUACCGUGUACAACCUGUAAAUCAGGUGAAGAAGAGAGUACUCCUUGUACCACAACUAAGGACACACAGUGUCAGUGCAGAGCUGGCACUUUCCAUGGAGAAGACUCCCCUGAGUUCUGCCAGAAGUGCAGCACCGGGUGCCCCGAUGGAAUGAUUGUGGCCAAGCGCUGUACGCCCUGGAGUGACCUCCAGUGUGUGGACCAAAAAUUAGGUACCCAGGCCAAUGGGGAGGCCCUGGUUCCUGGAAAGCCAAAGACCAUGAGCCCGGGACCGCCCACCACUCCUUCUCCCUCCUCAGGCAAUUCACAGCUGGUGCCUGGAAUUGAAACUGCCUUUGCCCUGCUGGUGCUGGUGCUGGUGCUGAUGGCUGCAUAUUGUUUCCGGAAGUUCAUCCCUCAAGGUUGUGGAGUGGACCCCAAGUGCAUGGAAAAAGUCUUUUUCUGGCGCUCACAUCCCCCAAGAGGGCCUGAGCCUCUAGACAAUGCUCGCAACAACAUGCUGAUCAACAGAGAAUCACUGUCCACUGUGGUCUCUGAGCAGGAGACAGAAGACCAAGAGCAGGCCAACCUGACAUGUGUUAUGGUGCAGUCCCCAGGGGAAGCAGAGCGUCUGCUGGAAGCAGCCGGAGCGAAAGAGUCUCAGAUGAGAAGGAGGAUGCUAGUUCCAGCAAAUGAUGUGGACUCCAUUGAAGGCCUGAGGAUGUUCUUCGAUUACUUUGCAACCGUCGUGCCCUAUGAUUCCUGGGAUGCGCUCAUGAGGCAGAUGGGCCUGACACAAAAUGAGAUCCUUAUGGCCAGAGGCAAAGCCUGGGCCCCGCGGGAUGCCUUGUAUCAAAUGCUGGAGGCCUGGCUCAGCAGCAAGGGGCGGGAAGCCUCCAUCAACACCCUGCUGGACGCCUUAGAAACACUGGGGCAAAGAUGUGCAAAGGAGAAAAUCCAGAACUGCCUGGUGGGCUCAGGAAAGUUUGUCUAUGAAGUAGGUGAAGCAGGCUCUGCUGUGUCCUGAAUGUAAAAGAAUGUAAAAGCAUGAUUGAAUAUCAACGUGAAACAAACAGCCGGUACUUGACCAAUACUUGAAGGAAGCCUACCAUCUGAUAUAUACAACAGAUUUAAAAGUUCUGGAAAGUUUUGAUAAGAUGGGAGUAAUUUUUAUGAAAUGUUAUUGAUAAAUGGCAUUUCAGUUAUUAAUAGAUAUUUAUGUUUGUAUAUAUACGAAGAGUUGAUUUAGGAUGUCAUUCAGCCCAGGGCACUUUGUCAUCCUAAUAGAAUUACACUUUUUACUUCUGUUUUAGGUAUUGUCGGAUCCAUCCAUGGCUUAAUAUUACGUGAUGUACAUCUUUCUAUUUUUAUAUUUUGGUGAAUAUUUAUAUGGCCAUGGAAAAGCUUUUGGAAAUGUACUUAACUGAGUUGACUACAUGGGUUCCCUAAAUGAGAGCAGGCAAGUAUAAAAUGAGUAGAAAUACAAAGGGGGAAGAGGAAGAAGCCCAUCGGAUGGGGCGCACUGGUGGGAUCAAUUCUCCUUCAAAUGCAGUUUGACUUUGUCUAGGAUUAGAUGACUAGCAACUUCUAAAAUUGUCAUUUCCAACUGACAAUUUUGUAGGUGUGGGAUUAUUUAUAUUAUUUAUUGGUAGAUGUUUACAAAUGAGUAGAGAAUGACAAAUGGUAUUAUUGGUAGAUGUUUACAAACGAGUAGAGAAUGACAAAUGGUAUUAUUGAGAGAUAUUUACAAAUGAGUAUCGAAUGAAAUGGUAUUAUUGAUAUUUAGAAAUGAGUAGAGAAUGACAAAUGGUAUUAUUGAGAGAUAUUUACAAAUGAGUAGAGAAUGACAAAUGGUAUUAUUGAGAGAUAUUUACAAAUGAGUAUCGAAUGAAAUGGUAUUAUUGAUAUUUACAAAUGAGUAGAGAAUGACAAAUGGUAUUACUGAUAUUUACAAGUGAGUAGAGAAUGACAAAUGGUAUUAUUGAUAGAUGUUUACAAAUGAGUAGAGAAUGACAAAUGGUAUUAUUAAUAGAUGUUUACAAAUGAGUAGAGAAGUAGCAACCACAUGCAGCCCUUUGUCUAGUGUCCGUGAACUGGGCUGUCAUGCUUGGGCCUCCUCUGCUCAUCUAUGGUCCUGGGUGGGGAGGGUGGGACAUGGGUUAGAUGUGAGGCGUCACAUAGUCUCUAUGUCAUAUGCCUUUUCUGGUCUUGUUAGUGAACCUUCAGUUCCUUCUGUGCUCAGGGGAGGGAGGACAGGGACCUGCUCCCAGUGUCUGCCCUGGUUGCAGGGAGGAAGAGUAGAUCUUGCUCAUGGACUGUGUUCAAUGUUGGCUGACUCAGCCCUAUAUUGGCCUUCUCACUUCUGGUGGUCUGUGAAUCUCAGCCCCAGAACUACCUUUUUUAGGGUACAGAUUUCAAUAUGAGGAGCUUAAUGCCUCUGUAAGCAUAUGACUUCUGCAUGAAAGACAUAACAUGAAUACUAAUUCUUUUUUCUUUUCUACCAUUGGAAGGUAUACUUCUUUUUUGCAAUUUUCCAUUUUUAAAAAUUGAAAUAUAGUUGAUUUACAAUAUUGUAUUAGUUUCCAUUCUCACAUGGCCUCAAAGUCUUAAACUUCAGGUUUGCUCUUGUAUCACUUACUUUUGCAUUUGCACAAUAUUGUAUAUGUUACAGGUGUAGAAUAUAGAGAGUCACAGUUUUUGUUGUUGGGGGGGAAGGUAGUUGGAUUUACUUAUUGUUUUAUUUUUAGAGGAGUUGCUGGGGUUUGAACCCAGGACCUUGUAUAUGCUAAGCAUGUACUUUACCACUUGAGCUAUACCCUCCCUCCAGUUCAUCUGUUGAUGAACACUUAGGUUGCUUUCCACCUUGGCAGUUGUAAAUAAUGCUUCUAUGAACACUGGAUUGCAUGUAUCUUUUAGAAUUAGUGUUUUUGUUUUCUUCAGAUAUUUACCCAGGAGUGGAAUUGCUGGAUCAUAUUGUAGUUCUAUUUUUAGUUUGUUGAGGAACUUCCGUACUGUUUUCCACAGUGGCUGUACCAAUUUCAAUUCCCACCAACAGUAUAUGAGGGUUCCCUUUUCUCCACAUCCUUGCCAACAUUUGUUAUUUGUGAUUUUUUGAUGAUAGCCAUUCUGACAGAUGUGAGGUGAUAUUAUGGUUUUGAUUUGCACUUCUCUGAUUAGUGAUUUUGAGCAUCUUUUCAUCUGCAUUUUCUCUUUGGAAAAAUGUCUGUUCAGAUCUUCUGCCCAUUUUUAAGUUGAGUUGUUUGUUGGAUUCUUUUUUUUUUUUUUUUUUUUGACACUGAAUUGUAUGAGCUGCUUAUAUGUGUGGGGUAUUAACUCCUUAUUGGUCAUAUCAUUUGCAAAUAUUUUCUCUCAUUCAGUAGAUUGUCUUUUUGUUUUAUUGAUAGUUUCCUUUGCUGUGCAAAAGCUUUUAAGUUUAUUUUGGACCGAUUUGUUGAUAUUUGCUUUUAUUUCCUUUGCUUUAGGCAACAGAUCUAAAUAAAAUAUUGGUACAGAUUAUGUCAAA